AUGGCACCUACCAAGAAAGUCGGCAUCCUUGGUGCUACUGGCACUGUCGGUCAACGCUUUAUUCUUAUGCUUGCGGAUCAUCCUGUUUUUACUAUCCAUGCUUUGGGUGCUUCGUCUCGUUCCGCUGGCAAACCUUACCAAAGUGCUGUCAAAUGGAAGCAAAGCAAGCCUAUCCCAGCCAACGUUGAAAACCUUGAAGUCAAGGCUUGUGUCCCCGAAGAAUUCAAGGAAUGCGAUGUCGUCUUUUCCGGUCUCGAUUCCGAUGUUGCUGGUGACAUUGAAAUGGCAUUCUUGAAGGCCAACCUUGUUGUAUUCUCCAAUGCCAAGAACUAUCGUCGUGAUCCUACUGUGCCUUUGAUUGUGCCUACUGUCAACACAGACCAUUUCGAUUUGAUCCCCUAUCAACGCAGCGUUUAUAACCAGGACAAGGGUUUCCUUAUUACCAAUGCCAACUGCUCGACCACUGGUUUGAUGGUGCCCCUCAAGGCAUUGCAAGAUGCAUUCGGUCCUAUGAGCCAUAUCCUUGUGCACACUCAACAAGCCAUCUCCGGUGCAGGCUAUCCUGGUGUCCCCAGUUUGGAUAUUCUUGAUAACAUUGUGCCCUAUAUCUCUGGUGAGGAGGAAAAGAUGGAGUGGGAGACAUCCAAGAUCUUGGGUGGUCAAGAUGGCAAGCAAUUUUUACCUUUGACCAACACCAUUGUUUCCGCUACUUGCACUCGUGUCCCUGUGAUUGAUGGUCAUCUUGAAUCCGUCUCUGUCAAGUUUGCCAAUGGUGCUCCUUCGAUUGAACAAAUCUAUGACGUGCUUGACAAGUACACGUGCGAGGCCCAGAAACUCGGUUGCCAUUCUGCCCCUGAAAAAGCCAUCCUUCUCAACCGCAAUGAGGAUCGUCCUCAACCUCGUCUUGAUCGUGACUUGCACAAGGGUCAAGCCGUUACUGUGGGUCGUGUGCGUCCUUGCCCUGUUCUUGAUAUCAAGUUUAUGCUCCUCGUUCACAACACCGUUCUUGGUGCUGCUGGCAGCUCCGUUCUCAAUGCCGAAGUUGCUGUUGCCAAGGGUCUUAUUUAA